CAAAAUGGUCCGCAUUAAACAUCGCUACCUCCUAAUCGACAUCCUCCACCCUGAACCCUCGCAAAUCCACAAACUAGCCGCAUCAUCAUCAUCAUCAUCGUCGUCGUCGUCGUCGUCAGUACCGGCACAUCUCUACUUCCAUCCCCCGACACCAGAUACAUUGACAUCAAGUGUACUCGCACGACUACUACGCGAGACUAUUUCAGAUUUAUUUGGUGAUUAUGGAAUCGGGAAGUUGGGCGGUGCUUCAUCUGGGAAUUUAAUUGUUAAAUAUUUGUCACCUGCUACAUCAACGGCGAUUAUACGCUGUCCGCGUGCGGCGUAUAGAUUGGUUUGGGCGGCGCUUACGUAUCUCAAUGCGAUACCUGUGCCUGCCACAACGACAGCAACGGCGAAGAAAUCGGAGACGACGAUGAGAAAUGCUGUUUUUAGAGUUGCCAGGGUCUCGGGGACUAUGCGCAAGGCGGAGGAGGAAGCGAUUAGGAGAGCGAGGAGGGAGAUUGCAAGGGCGAAGAGGGAUAAUGUGGGUGUUUGGGGGGCUUUGUUUCCGGGUAAGGAUGGUGGCGGUGGUGGAGAUGAUGAGGCUGUUUUUGGGAUGGAUAUUGAUAGUGAUGACGAUGAGGAUGACGAUGAGGAUGAUUGAGUAAUGGAAUGGCUAUUAGGUCAUGACUUCGACUUUCGGUAAACCUUGGUGCCGCUAUCAGGUA